AUGCCGCCCACUCGUCUCCUGCGCCAGGUCCUGGUACUCCUCCUGCUACUCAUCAGCACGUCCUCACCUCGCGUCUCGGGGCACAGCGAGCGCUUCGAGCGCGUCCGCGUUGGCGUGCACGCGCACCAUCGCCGAUCGGGCGGGGUGGUAGGGGCGCUGGGCAAGGCGUGGGACGUGGCCGUCGGAUGGGGGUGGGGCAAGACGACGAUGCCGUCGCCCAAGUCGCACGACCAGCUGCCCCACCCUCGACCCGGUGGACCGCCGCUGCUCAAAUCCAUGCCCUACCCUUACUACACGGGUACCGUCCCGCGCUCUGAAAAGGAUCUCGUCGACGGGGGCGGACUCGUACUCGCCUGGCUGUGCACGGAGCUCGACCUCGCCCAGCUCAUGCGUCAGGACCAGCCCGCGGCUGCCGCUGCGGCUUCCACCGUGCCGGGACCGGGUGCGGGCGUCGCUAGCGAUGCUGGCAGUGCUGGCACUGGCACUGGCACUGGCACUGGCACUGCUGCCACGCUCGGCAGCGGUACUGCCUUCACUGGCGCCGGGAGCCCCGGAAACAUCGGCGGCGCAGCUGGCGGUGCUGGCUUCGUCGGCGGCGGCGGCAUCCCUGGUGCUGGCCCCGGUGCUGGUGUCGCAGCAACGGGCUACGGCAGCACCAGCGCCCAGCAAGGCAUCAACGCGGCACCCUACACCGCCUCGCCCAACCCCAUCGUCUAUGGCAACGCCAACGCCAACGCCAACAUCAACAGCAAUCCGAUCAACACCGACGGCAACAUGGCGCCCGGCCAUCCCAACGACAACACGAUCUCGGGUAGCCCCAACGGCGACCUCGCCUACCCUGUCGGAGGCGGCGGCGGGGCCGGCAUCUCUCCCGGCUCCUACGGCCAGUACGGCGGAGCGUUUGGAGGCAGCGCGGGCGCAGGAGGGUAUGUCGGUCAGGCCGGUGCAGGCGGAUACGCUGGUCAAGCUGGAUCUGGCCCUGGCACGGGUGCGGGCGCGACUGGGUUUGGAGUCGGAGCCGGCAUCGGCAUCGGCGGAGGAGCGGGAAUGGGCGGCGGCGGAUACGCUCAAGGCGUCACUGGUGGAAUUAUGCCGAGCGCAGUCGGUGGAUAUGGACAGGGCGGCGCCGCUGGUCCUGGCCAGGGCGGUGCUAGUGGAUACAGACAGGGCGGCGCCGGAGCCGGUGCCGGUGUCGGUAGUGGUGUCGCAAGCUACGGAGGCGGCCAAGCGGGCGGGUACGGUGGCAGCGUUGGAGGCUACAGCGGCGGACCAGGAGGCUACGGAGCGGCGGCAGGACAGGGAAGCGGCGGCACCGGCGGCAGCAACCCGAGCGGCCUGACUAAGCGUCAAGCGGCGUUCGACCCAUCCUCGCCCCCUUCCCGGAUCAAGGUGUGCAUCAACGGCGACGCCUCGGUCGACGCCAUGGUGCUGGACGCAUCGACCAACCUCAAGCUGCCCAGCCCGCUCGCCAGCGCCGCGACGACGGCGGCGAGGGCGGCAUCGCGCGUCACGAACCGCAUCGACCUGGCCAAGCCGUGGAUGCCCUUCCUGCCCACCCUCGACAUGUGGAACGCCCAGCAGGUGCUCAUGCUCGAUCAGGAGACCCGGAUCGAAAAAAUGGCCUUCAUGCCCGGCGACGACAAGGCGUAG